AUGAGGGAAUCCACGCCAAAUCUUGCCGAACUCCCGAAAGAGCCAAAAUUCAUACCAAAGAGCGAGCUCGAGGACUUGUCGCAAGAGAUCGGCCAGGAGAAAGGAUACUACCGAAUUCGAAGUGGCAACCGCGUGUAUCACUUGACAAUUGAUUGCGAUGUUUACGAUGAAGACACCAUGGGUAUCCCAUUUCUAUUGAUCCCACGUCUCCCAGCACUCCCCGAGGGUAUUGAGCCGGUAUGGCAUCCCCAAUGUGUGGAUGUUCUUUCUUUACGAAAACCCAAGCGCUAUCGAUCGGGUGUCCACGAAGUAUUGUUCAAUAGCGGCCCUGCAUUUGCCAACAUCGCCUGCUGGGCCCAUGAGAUCCCGCGACUGGGAAACGAGACCUACGUUUACCAGCUGCUUGCUGAGCAAGACACCCGCGAUGAAAUCUCUCCCAUUGCUCCCGGGUUUCUGGCACACCUCACAGAGAAUGGUUGCGUGAUGGGAUUUUUGAUGGAGGAGGUUGAGGGGCGGUUUGCGUCUAUCGAUGACCUGGCUGCGUGCGAGAGGGCUCUAGGUCGCUUUCAUGGCGAUGUCAAUCGGUAUAAUUUUCUGGUUGAUCGUGCUAGUGGCGAGGUCCGCUUGCUUGAUUUUAAACAGACAAGGAUAUUUGAUCCUGAGAAGGCAGCGCAAUAG